AUGACAGACGCUUUUGUCAUCCAGGGGGGUCGCGAUGUCGCCGGACAUAUCUACGUAUCUGGCUCAAAGAAUGCCGGGCUAGCACUGAUGGCGGCAACAGUGCUUACGCGCGGCACUAGCACCAUAAAAGGACUUCCAGAUGUAUCCGAUAUUGAUGCAAUGGCCAAGAUCCUUGAACAUCUUGGUGCGGGAAUUACAAAGCGCGAUGAUAUUAUCCAAAUUAAUACAACAAGCAUAACAACCUUCCAUGUACCUGAUCGACUGGCAAACCGUUUGCGAGCGUCAAUUCUACUUCUUGGUCCACUUCUUGCGCGGUUUGGACACGCUAAACUGAGCUUCCCGGGUGGGUGCACAAUCGGAAGCCGUCCAAUUGAUGAGCAUGUCAGAGGACUGGAGGCUCUGGGAGCCUGUGUCAAAGUCACUGAUGACUUUGUUGAAGCACAUGCUACCCAACUUCACGCCGCAUCUCUGAAUCUCCAAGUGCCAUCCGUGACUGGGACAAUGAACUUGAUAAUGGCCGCAUGUUUGGCACACAGGAUCACGCAUAUACAUAAUGCAGCGUGUGAACCAGAGGUUGUAGACCUCAUCUCAUGUCUCGUCGGUAUGGGUGCGCAGAUUCAAGGGGCCGGAACCGACCACAUCAUCAUCACUGGUUAUGAUCGGCCACUUUCUCCAUGCCAGUAUGAGGUGAUGGAAGAUCGGAUUGAGACAGGCACAUACUUGAUUCUCGGAGCAAUAUGCGGUGAUCCACUCACCGUCCACCGAUGUCAUGCUAAGUAUAACACGGUACUUAUCAAAAGGCUGCGCGCUGUCGGGGCUUCCAUUGACGUCUUGGGUACUUCAAUCACUGUAUACAAGGCCAAGAAGCUACUUCCCUUCGAUAUUCAAACCGGGCCGUAUCCCGGCUUUCCAACGGACUUGCAGCCGCAGUUCAUGGUACUUCUUUCCCUGGGACAGGGCAAAGGCAAAAUUACAGAGACUGUAUACGAGCAGCGAUUCAAACAGGCCGAAGGUCUCCAGGCCAUGGGCGCGAAUAUCCGGGUACGCGGUCAGAUCGCCACCAUUUCUGGCAUAUCGAACCUGUUUGGUGCGGAUGUUGUCGGCACUGAUUUGAGGGCUACGGCUAGUCUCAUUAUUGCGGCGAUUGCUGCUCGAGGGUUUUCUAUCAUCAGAAAUGUGAACUAUAUUGACCGAGGAUAUCAUGAUCUGGAGAGGAAGUUGCAAAAAAUAGGUGUGGACCUCGCACGAGUACAUGGAGGGUAUGGAAUCGACAAGACUCAAAUUGAAAUUGAUUUUCCUUCCCCCUGGGAGCGUGCCACAUGA